AUGCAACCGAUUCACGGCCUAUUCUCUUCGUCAGAGACCGAUAAAAAUUUACUCGGUGACAACACAACGCCGGAUAAGCAGAACAUCAAAACUUCAACUCCUGCUAAUGUGGUAAAUUUGGAAGGUCCCGAAUCCGAAAUGCCAAACCAAGGUUUUCAGCCUCUGAGAUCUUCCGAUCUUACAAUCGACGUGCGUUCUGCUCGAAACGCGUCCGUUGACUGCGUGUCAAUGCCUGUGCCAUUCCUCAAAUCCCCGAGAACAACACAACAGACUAUCGAGAGACGGUAUAAGUCCCCACCAUCGAGUAGGACAUUCAACCGGUCGAUAUUCACGCUUGGUAGUACACCACAGCGUUGGGGCAACGGUUCAAUUUCAGUUCAGACCGGCCGGCCCGAUUACAAUGAAUCAAGAAAUAGGGGCCGCCGUCGAACCUCGCAAGCGUGUGGUUAG